AUGGCGAGGUCGUCGUCGUCGCCGACGGCGAGGUUGCCGCUGCCGCUGCUUGUGCUGCUGCUGUGCUUGUCGUCGCUUUCCAUGGCGGCGGCGCAGAAGUACAAUGCGGUGUACAGCUUCGGCGACUCGAUCACGGACACAGGGAACCUGUGCACCAACGGGCGGCCCUCGGCGAUCACCUUCACGCAGCCGCCCUACGGGGAGACCUACUUCGGGAGCCCCACCUGCCGCUGCUCCGACGGCCGCGUCAUCGUCGACUUCCUCAGCACCAAGUACAGCCUCCCCUUCCUGCCCCCCUCCAAGUCCACCUCCGCCGACUUCAAGAAGGGCGCCAACAUGGCCAUCACCGGCGCCACCGCCAUGGACGCCCCCUUCUUCCGCUCCCUCGGCCUCUCCGACAAGAUCUGGAACAACGGGCCCAUCAGCUUCCAGCUCCAGUGGUUCCAGACCAUCACCUCCUCCGUCUGCGGCAGCAGCUGCAAGAGCUACCUGGCGAACUCGCUCUUCAUCUUCGGGGAGUUCGGGGGGAACGACUACAACGCGAUGCUGUUCGGCAACUACAACACGGACCAGGCGAGCACGUACGCGCCGCAGAUCGUGGACACCAUCGGCGCCGGCGUGGAGAAGCUGGUCGCGAUGGGGGCGGUGGACGUGGUGGUGCCCGGGGUGCUCCCCAUCGGCUGCUUCCCCAUCUACCUCACCAUCUACGGCACCUCCAGCGCCGCCGACUACGACGCCCUCGGCUGCCUCAAGAAGUUCAACGACCUCUCCACGUACCACAACAGCCUGCUGCAGGCCAAGGUCACGAGCCUCCAGGCCAAGUACAAGUCGGCGCGCAUCAUGUACGCUGACUUCUACGCCGGCGUCUACGACAUGGUCCGGAGCCCCAGCAAAUACGGGUUCAGCUCGGUGUUCGAGGCGUGCUGCGGGUCGGGGGGAGGCAAGUACAACUACGCCAACAGCGCGCGGUGCGGCAUGUCGGGCGCCUCCGCCUGCGCCAGCCCGGCGUCGCACCUCAGCUGGGACGGCAUCCACCUCACCGAGGCCGCAUCUCCCACUAGCCAGCCACUCCCGCUGGCCGAUCAACCAGCUCAUGCAUCGUCGUCCAUGGAUCCAUCAUUAAUCAAUCAAUCAAUCAAUUAUUAUUAUUAUUAUUUGUUCAGUCGGGUUAAUUAUUAUAAGGAAACGUUUCUGGGGACUGGCUAA